CUAUUUUGGAUUUCUAUGGAAUAACAAACCUAACAACAAUUUUGCUUUCUUACUUAUUAGUAAAGAUAUCAAAUUAAUUUCAUCUUUCUAGUUUUUCUUUUAGUUAAAUAAUUUAAACGUUGUUGUAAUAGAAAUUACUGAAGUGCUUAGUUUAAAGUUUUUUAAAAAUGACUGUAAACAAUACUAUUGCUCAUCAGCGCUUAAUUCUUAGUGGUGAUCGCGAAAGAUUUAAGGAAUUACUACGGAAGAGGCUAAUUGAAUGUGGUUGGAGGGAUCAAGUUCGAAUGCUUUGUCGAGAUGUAGUCAAAGAAAAUGAUACAAACAACAUAACGUUUGAUACGUUGGUUUCAAGAGUUACACCUCGGGCUAGAGCAAUUGUGCCGGAUACUGUUAAAAAAGAGCUAUUACAGAAAAUCAAAACACAUUUACUUACCCAGAAAGAUCAGUAAACAAUUUAAUUGUAAUCAUAACUCAACCAUUUCGAGCUGUAUUAACCAUAGUAUUGUUUAAAUACAUUUAUAGUUUUGGUUCUCAUCUGGUUCAACUCGGAGAAACAAUAAUUACUUACUUAAAAAUGAUUCAAUUUAAUAAUUCCAUAACAUCUUUCAUUGUAGCCUACUAUAGACUUAUGUAAUUGGACACUAUUGGAAUUUUAAGGAAUAUAUUUUAAUAAUUUUAAGGACUUAUGUAAUUGGACAUUAUUAUAUUUAAUUUUAAGUAUAUUUAAAUAAAA